UCCAACCAACCAGAGCGCAUUCAGCUCCCACAAUGCGCUGGGAAAGAGGGUGGGAGGAAUUUAACAAGGGGAUGCAUGAAGCUGUCAAACUGCAGUGAUCGCCUGCGAUUAAUUAGAUAUUGCCUUAAAUGUAAAAAUUCACCUGAUUACAUAAAUGCGCCAUGGACUCUUUAGGCCUUCUUGUAUGGCUUACGGCUGCUUAUUUACUGCGUUCUGGUGUUGCUAAACAUGACGAUAUGUUUUGGAGAGGCCAAAUCCAGCGUUAUUUCGACCAUAAUCAGAGAUCAUCUGCUGUGAGGAAUGUGGUCACUAUCCUGUCCAGAUCCCACGCGGACCGCAACGUCUACCCAUCUGCGGGAGUACUUUUCGUCCACGUGCUUGAAAGGGAGUAUUUCAAAGGAGAGUUUCCUCCCUACCCAAAGCCAGGUGACGCCAGCAACGAUCCCAUCACGUUCAACACCAAUUUGAUGGGCUACCCGGACCGGCCUGGGUGGCUCCGCUACAUCCAGAGGACUCCGCACAGCGACGGCGUGCUUUACGGGUCCCCGCCCUGGGAACACGUAGGCAGGCCGACGGUCGUCGAGAUUACCGCCUAUAACAGACGUACGUUCGAAACGGCCCGGCACAACUUGAUCAUUAACAUCAUGUCUACUGAAGACUUCCCCUUGCAGUACCAGGCGGAGUUCUUCAUUAAAAACAUGAACGUGGAGGAGAUGCUGGCCAGCGAGGUGUUGGGUGACUUCCUGGGCGCGGUGAAGAACGUGUGGCAGCCGGAGCGGCUCAACGCCAUCAACAUCACGUCGGCGCUGGACCGGGGUGGUCGCGUCCCCCUGCCAAUCAAUGACCUGAAAGAGGGGGUGUAUGUGAUGGUGGGCGCAGAUGUGCCUUUCUCCUCCUGCCUCCGGGAGGUGGAGUCGCCUCAAAAUCAGCUGCGUUGCAGUCAGGAGAUGGAGCCAGUCAUCACCUGCGACAAGAAGUUCCGGGCACAGUUCCACAUCGACUGGUGCAAGAUCUCCCUGGUGGACAUAAAGCGAGUGGCCCCUGUGGUCCCAGAGAGGAGUCCAAUGGGCCCGGGGGUGCUGCCGGACAUUGGCGAGUACAACCCCCCCUCGGAGUCGCUGAAAAGUAGGGACUAUUUUGCUGACUUCCUGAUCACGCUGGCUGUGCCCUCCGCCGUAGCCCUGGUCCUUUUCAUCAUCCUUGGUUAUUCCAUGUGCUGUCGGCGUGAAGGGGUGGAAAAAAGAAACAUGCAAACACCAGACAUCCAGCUCGUCCACCACAGUUCCAUUCAGAAGUCCACCAAGGAGCUCAGGAGCAUGUCCAAGAACCGGGAGAUCUCCUGGCCUCUGUCCACGCUGCCCGUCUUCCACCCCGUGAGCGGGGAGGUGGUGCCCCCCAUUCACCCGGACAGCUACGAGACCACCAGCAUGCCCCUGAUGCAGACGCAAACAAAUUUGCAAAACCAGAUGCAGAUUCCACAGCAGCAGCCUCCUGGAGAUAAUUAUUGUAUGUCAACAUUUCGAAGGCUGGAGGUAAAUGGUAUUCCUGAAGAGCGGAAGGUGGCUGAAGCACUGGAUUUGUAAUAGAAAACCACACAGUUUAACCUUUUUGUAUAAACGUUGUGUCUGUGCGAAGGUGCAUGCUUCGACAGUAAAUGCAUAAAAUGCUGUAAUGUCCUUGUGCAGCUUGCCUAUGGUGCUGCAUUGCUGUGGAAAUGCGGAGAGAUCCAUCAACACUACAGUUUGCAUCAACAAAGUAUUGACACAUGGACUGAUAUUUUUAAUAUUUUGUGUAAAACAUAAACCAUAUUUGUUAACGGAAUACGAUGUGGAUGAAUAAAAUUGCUGUUUAUUAUUAAA